AUUAGGAAUGGUUGAAAGUUGUGAUAAUGCUAAUGAAUCUGCAGAAUUUACAGCUACUAAUAAUACUACUGCUACAGGAGAUACAGAUGUACCAGUUGUGCCUAAGAAGAGCUAUCUUUAUCUCUUCUUUAAAAUGGUCUUAGACUUCCUAUUUAUAGGUUUUUUCCUGUCAUCUGUACUCAGCUAUGUUGAAAAUUCAAAUCAGCCCCUUAUAAGGGCAGCUAGAAAACCUGAACCGUUUUUUGCUGAGAACAGUACAGUUCGUGAUUAUUGGAGCGGGAAGGUUUUUUCUGGGUUCCAGGAUGCCGCGUAUUAUGAGAGUUCCUUUUUCUUCUUCUACGCGGCCUGGGACCGGGAGAGCCAAGAGGCCAGGGCGGAGAUGGAGAUCGUCGGACAGUUUUUCAGUGAAUCUGAUGUUCUGAUAGCUGCUGUCAAUUGUUGGUAUCCAACAUCAGACUGUGCUAAGGAGUUUGGUGGAAAAUCUGGAGCCGGAAAUAUACUUCCGGUUUUCAUCUUUUAUCCAAAACUUUUAAAUGGUAUACAGUACCGUGGCCAGACCAGUGCUCAACAUAUUAUAAGGUACUUGUUGUAGCUUCAUCCUUGGUCAGG